AUGCGGCCUUUGUGGCGAAGCUCCGGGCACUGUGCGGCCCUCGGCUGCUUCCUCUUCUUCCUCCUCCUCCCGCUGCUGUCCCGCGGCGCGGACAUGCCGGUGGGGUCGACCCUGUCGCCGGGCAACUCGGCGACGUGGACGUCGCCCAACAACACCUUCUCGCUCGGCUUCACGGCGUCCGCGUCCUCCCCGUCGCUCUUCGUCGCCGCGAUCUCCUACGCCGGCGGCCUCGUCAACGGCUCCGGGGCCGUGCUCUGGUCGUCCAACACGGGGGGGCAGAACGUGUCCGCCGCGGCCGUCCAGGAGAGCGGCAACCUCGUGCUCAAGGACUCCCGCGGCGCCACGCUGUGGCAGUCGUUCGACCACCCCACGGACACGGUGGUGAUGUCGCAGAACUUCACCUCCGGGAUGAACCUCACCUCGGGCUCCUACGUCUUCUCCGUCGACAAGGGCACGGGCAACCUCACGCUCCGGUGGACCAGCGCCGCCACCACCGUCACCUACUUCAACAAGGGGUACAACACCUCCUUCACGGGGAACAGGACGCUGAGCUCGCCCACGCUCACGAUGCAGACCAACGGCAUCGUCUCCCUCACCGACGGCACCCUCACCUCCCCCGUCGUCGUCGCUUACAGCAGCAACUACGGCGAGAGCGGCGACAUGAUGCGGUUCGUGCGCCUCGACGAGGACGGCAACUUCCGCGCCUACAGCGCCGCCCGGGGCAGCAACGCCGCCACGGAGCAGUGGUCGGCGGUGGCGGACCAGUGCCAGGUGUUCGGCUACUGCGGCAACAUGGGCGUGUGCAGCUACAACGGCACGGCGCCCGUGUGCGGGUGCCCGUCGCAGAACUUCCAGCUCACCGACCCUUCCAAGCCGCGCGGCGGGUGCACGCGCAAGGUCGACCUCAACAGCUGCCCCGGCAAUUCCACCAUGCUCCAGCUCGACAACACGCAGUUCCUCACCUACCCGCCGGAGAUCACCACGGAGCAGUUCUUCGUCGGGAUCACCGCUUGCCGCCUCAACUGCCUCUCGGGAAGCUCCUGCGUCGCGUCCACCGCGCUCUCCGACGGCUCGGGCCUCUGCUUCCUCAAGGUCUCCAACUUCGUGAGCGGCUACCAGUCGGCCGCGCUGCCCAGCACGUCCUUCGUCAAGGUCUGCUACCCGCCGCUGCCCAACCCGGUCCCGGGCAGCACCGCGGGCGGGAACUCGCGCGGCGGCCCCGGCGUCCGCGCCUGGGUCGUGGCGGUCGUGGUCCUGGGCGUGGUGUCCGGUCUGGUGCUCUGCGAGUCGGCGCUGUGGUGGUUCUUCUGCCGGCACAGCCCCAAGUACGGGCCGGCGUCGGCGCAGUACGCGCUGCUGGAGUACGCGUCGGGCGCGCCCGUGCAGUUCUCGUACCGCGAGCUGCAGCGGUCCACCAAGGGGUUCAAGGAGAAGCUGGGCGCGGGGGGGUUCGGCGCCGUGUACCGCGGCGUGCUGGCGAACCGGACGGUGGUGGCGGUGAAGCAGCUGGAGGGGAUCGAGCAGGGGGAGAAGCAGUUCCGGAUGGAGGUGGCCACCAUCAGCAGCACGCACCACCUGAACCUGGUCCGCCUCAUCGGCUUCUGCUCCGAGGGCCGGCACCGGCUGCUGGUGUACGAGUUCAUGAAGAACGGCUCGCUGGACGCGUUCCUCUUCGGUGACGGGAAGAUGCCGUGGCCGACGCGGUUCGCCGUGGCCGUGGGCACGGCGCGGGGCAUCACGUACCUGCACGAGGAGUGCCGCGACUGCAUCGUGCACUGCGACAUCAAGCCCGAGAACAUCCUCCUGGACGAUCACUUCAACGCCAAGGUCUCCGACUUCGGGCUGGCCAAGCUGGUGAACCCCAAGGACCACCGCCACCGCACGCUCACCAGCGUGCGCGGCACCAGGGGCUACCUGGCGCCGGAGUGGCUGGCCAACCUGCCCAUCACGGCCAAGUCCGACGUGUACAGCUACGGGAUGGUGCUGCUGGAGACCGUCAGCGGCCGCCGCAACUUCGACGUGUCGGAGGAGACCGGGCGGAAGAAGUUCUCGGUGUGGGCGUACGAGGAGUACGAGAGGGGAAACCUCGCCGGCAUCCUCGACAGGAGGCUCCCCGCGGAGGACCUCGACAUGGCGCAGGUGGAACGCGCGCUGCAGGUGAGCUUCUGGUGCAUCCAGGAGCAGCCGGCGCAGCGCCCGUCCAUGGGGAAGGUGGUGCAGAUGCUGGAAGGGGUCAUGGAGCUGGAGAGGCCGCCGCCCCCGAAGUCGUCCGACAGUUUCCUGAGCACCACCACGGCCACCAGCGGCGUCAGCUCCAGCAUGGUCUCGACGGUCGUCUCGUCGGGGCCCCCGGUCGCGCCCGCGCCAUCGCCCAACCUGGAGCAUGAGAUGGCGCUGGGACGAUCCGAGUCGGCCAGGAACCGUGAGCGGGUGUCGCGGCAGCUGCUGUCGCCGCAGCCGUACAUGACGAUGUAA